AUGAGGGCAUCAAACAAUGCAAUCUUUUAUUUCCUUCUUCAAAUAUCCAUUUUCCAAGAUGUAUCGGGUAUUCAAAUCUGGUCGAGUCCUGGUGCUUUACCAACCACGAUUCCUGCAAGUUGUCGAGCAGUUUUGAGCCAGAAUAUCACAUGCAAUCCACAGCUAAUCAACGCAGCAUUUAUUUCUGCUGGGAGAGCAUUAGAUAAUGUCACAGCCACAGAAUACUGCACUCCAACAUGCUACUCAUCAAUAAAGACAUUCAAAACCAAUGUCGACCUUCGAUGCGGUUCCACGAGUUAUGCAAUGUAUGCGAAUAGUACCUUCGAACAAUCUGGAGCACAAAUUGCAGAUCCAUUAGCAUGGGCGUACAAUGUAACUUGUAUCGAGGAUAGCACGGGAUUUUGCUUAGCAGACCUCUAUAAUGGCACGAAAACCGCAUGCUCCGAUUGUUCCUUGAAAUAUGGAGCGGCAAUGUUGAGCUCCGACUAUGGCAGAGUCAAAGUUCAACCAAGCGCGUUUUCAUCACUUCUAUCAUCGUGUGGUACUCCAGCGUCGAGUUAUCCUUAUACAUAUACUUCGACGAGUACAACCUCAACAUCGACCUCAACUGCAACUUCAACAGCAAAUUGCACAGGAACGACGUACACUGUUACUUCUGCAGACACCUGCCAGUCCAUCAGUCAAUCCAACUCAAUUGCUAUUGAUCGAUUGAUCGCACAAAAUGAACUUGAUUACAACUGUACUUCUCUCACUUCAGGUAGUAGCCUAUGUCUUGGAGAAUCUUGUGCCCUCCAGACAAUCACCGCGAAUCAGACUUGUGCGGAUAUUAUUGGAAGAAAUGGCUUCACCACCAUCCAAUUGAUAUCAUGGAACCCAACCAUCCAUUCAAAUUGUGACAAUUUGGAUUCCAUGGUUGGCAGAAGUAUCUGCGUCUCACCUCCCGGAACGACAAACUAUACUACAAGCCAGAUGAACAUUACCACAUCGACCCUAUCCUCAAUGUUUUCUGGCCCAUGGACUACCGGCACAGCAGACAUGAAUCCUCCAAAUAUGACCACAGAAUGGUAUAAUACCCAGACUACUUUUCCGGCGGGCGCGACAGGGACAUAUCUCGCAAACGCAACUUUGUCAAGCCUCGUUGCCGAACGCACUAUCUACUGUCCAAUAACAGAUCAGAACUACACGGAUGGAAUCACCGAGGCAGACUUACCAGACGCAUGCGCUCCCUUGAUAGAACCAUACUGCUGGCCGAAUAUCAGUGCUCCUAUCCCGACAUCGACCAGAUUCCCCGCAGUAUGUACCCCGACACUUGACCCAACUACAACGUCAACUGCAGCAGCUGUUCCGUCACCUACGGAACCUGAAACUGUCGAUACUUGUACCAAGUAUUAUCAGGUCUUGGAUGGGGAUAGUUGCUCUAGUAUUGCCUCCAAUUUUGAUAUUACACUUGAUCAGUUUGAUACUUGGAAUCCUUAUGUUGGAACGGAUUGUGUUAAACUUUUCUUGGGAUACUAUGUAUGCAUUAAGGCAUCUAGUUGA